AUGGGUGGAGUGACGUCAUCAAUGGCGGCGAAAUUGGCGUUCUUUCCGCCGAAUCCACCGUCGUACAGGCUAGUGAAAGAGGAAGUAACGGACUUGUUGUUGAUGGAACCGUUCCCGCACCGUGAAAACGUUGAAGUUCUGCAGUUUCGGAAUCGGCGUGGAACGGAGAUCGUGGCUAUGUAUGUUCGUCAUCCAAUGGCGAAAUCGACGGUGCUUUAUUCGCAUGGAAAUGCUGCUGAUAUUGGUCAGAUGUAUGAGCUUUUCGUUGAGCUCAGUAUUCACUUGCGUGUUAAUCUCAUUGGAUAUGAUUACUCUGGCUAUGGACAGUCAUCCGGGAAGCCAAGUGAGACUAAUACUUAUGCUGACAUCGAGGCUGUAUAUAAGUAUCUUGAAGAGAACUAUGGUGCUAAGCAGGAAGACAUAAUCCUUUAUGGCCAAUCCGUUGGGAGUGGUCCUACUUUGGACAUUGCUGCUCGUUUACCCCAAUUGAGGGCUGUUAUUCUCCAUAGUCCUAUAUUGUCAGGGUUGAGAGUGAUGUACCCUGUGAAAAAGACAUACUGGUUUGACAUUUAUAAGAACAUUGAUAAAAUUCCGCUGGUGAAGUGUCCCGUCCUAGUAAUUCAUGGAACUGCUGAUGAGGUUGUUGAUUGUUCUCACGGUAAGCGUUUAUGGGAGCUAUGCCAACAGAAAUACGAACCCUUAUGGCUUAAAGACGGAAAUCACUGUAAUUUGGAGCUCUAUCCAGAAUACCUUAGACAUCUCCGACGAUUCAUAUCAACUGUAGAAAAGUCACCACCCCAAAGACUGAGUUUUAGGAGAAGUGUGGAUAAGGUAGAACAAUCCAGAGGAAGUACUGAUUUUUCGGAAAAGCCAAGGAAAAGCAUGGAAAAGCCAAGAAAGAGCACAGAUUGCAGAGACAAACCUCCAAAAAGCACUGAUCGGACAGAAAAACAGAAAUAUCAUGAAUUCAAAUUCAAAAACUCUGAUAAAUUAGAUAAGUUAAAGGUCCAAUUUGACCAGACAGAGAGGUCGACAGAGAGAUCGAGAAGAAGCGUAGAGUACAACAACGACAAAUCUAGAAGCAUUGAGUUCCAAGAGAAAUCCAGAAGAAGUGUUGAUGUUCAGUUUGAAAGGCCGAGGAAGAGUAUUGAUUGGCUGGAUAAAAUUCGAGCGACUUGA